UUUAUUUGAUAAACGUUCAAAUAAAUGUUGUUAUAUUUUUACAUGGAGACAAGCAACAAUACUUAAUGGAAUUAUUCAAUCGACAUUCCAUUUAAUUUUAACAAUUUUAAUGGUUUUAACAUUAAAAAUCACGUUAUUAAUGCGUGAAAAACAAUUGGCCGAUUUACGGGAUCAUGGUGCCGAUACUGAUAAUAUUAUUCGACGUGAAGAUUUACCAGAAACAAAUGAUUUAAUGAAAUUAUGGGAUGCUAAAAUUCAUAAUGACGUGAAAAUUGAUAUAACAACAUUCUGUGUUAUUUUUAACACAUUUUACGCAAUGUCAUGCUUCACAUCAGUGUAUGGAGCGAUUGUUCGAUGUAGACGUAUUAUUUUGAUCAGUGGAAUAUGUUGUUUUGUUGCGUUGUUAGCAUUAGGUUUCAUCAUAUUUUUUGGAACGUAUUUCUACACUGGUACAUAUGUCUUUCAAAUUAAAGAGGAAGGUAUUAAAGUUACAGGACGAAAUGAUUGUUAUCAAACGACUGUUGCAUGGUCAAUACUUGCAGGGACAGUGGCAUAUUCGUUUUUAGCCGCAUGCGGUCAUAAUGCUGCAAUCAAGUAUUACUUUGAAUUGGUUGAAAAUCCGUCUUUAUCAACAUGUGGCAGUAUGAAUAGUAGUAUCAAUGAAAUCACUGAUAACAAUGAAUACACUUCAAAACGUUCAUGGACAUUAAAUCCAAUUAAAGCAGUCGUCCAGUCCAUAAAAUAUAUGCACUCCAAAUUUGAGUUAACUAAACCUACUGUGGUUUAAUUCAAUUCCUGUUCAAAAUUUAGAUUUGUGUAUUAAAAAAGGAGUCUCUCUCUGUAUGUUGUAAAAUGCCUAAAAAUGAAACCUAUAGACGCUUUUUUUUCAAUUAUAAUUUUUAUAUCAAAAUUUUGAAAACAAAUAGCAAUAUAAACAAUUCAGACAUAUAAAUUGGUAAAGUAACAGGGUCGUAGCCAAGAUUUUACUUAAUUUGGUCAAGCAAUAUUUAAUUUUGGAUUUAAAUUUUUUUUGCCAAACAUUUGGUAGAAUUUGAUUUAAUUAAAAUUUAAUGGCUAAUAACAUGAGCCAAUGCCUAAAGUACAGACGAGUGUGGAGUAAAAGAUUAGAUAAGUUUUAAAAGUCGAAUUAAAAAUUAAUAAACUUUUUACAAGUUUAUUGGAUUGUGAGGUUUAUAAGUCGAGAGUCAGGCGUCGUAUUUGACAAUUAUUUCAUAACAGCUGCAAAUUUGUGAAGCUGCUGCCAAGAUUGUUCCGCGGCAAGAUUCAAAUUGAUGAAUAUGAAGUAUUUUUAACACCAUAUAAACAAAAUAACAAAAAUUGAAAAUUGUUAUUAAUUUGGGCAGUGAAUAUUCAUCAAUUUUAAGCUUGCCACGCAAUUGGACAUUUUCCAGACCUCCUGAUAGAGGAGUCCGGUCUUUGACAACAGCCAUUUCAAUUUUUUCGUUAUUUUGAAAUAACUGUCAAAUACUAGGUCUGACCUUACAUUGAUUGGAUGAGACAUAGAAUUGAGAAAAAAUUUAAAGUAGGAUAUUUGUCUAGAGUUAACCUUAUUUUUCUUUAUUUUAAAAUUCAUAAAUCUAUCUUAUCCGUUUUAAACUAGAUAAACAAUACAUUGCUGCCAUCUACUUGAUUUUAAUAAAUAAAUAUCGAAAAAUUGUUUUAACGAAGUAAUUUUAAUCAGUAAAAAAAUUCGAUAAA